UGAAUUGUGCGUGUUUAGUUUUGUGUUCGGAAAGAAGGAAGCUACCCGUCGAGCGUUGUAGAAUGCGCUUUCUAGAUUCCUUGCGACGAUUAGAUGCCUACCCGAAGAUUGACAAUGAGUUCAGUGUCCGCACGGUCAGCGGCGCGGCAUUAACGCUCGUCAGUUCGAUUGUGAUUGUGGUGCUAGUGAUAGGCGAAAUAAAUGCUUACCUUUCUCCUAACGUAGCCGAGGAGCUGUUCGUGGACACGACACGCGGGCAUAAGCUUAAAAUUAACUUAGAUUUUACCAUACCCAGGAUAUCGUGCGAAUAUGUAUCACUGGAUGCGCAAGAUUCAACGGGAGAGCAGCAUCUGCACAUCGAGCAUAACAUCUACAAACGAAGGCUGGAUCUGCAAGGCAAUCAGAUCGAAGAACCAAAGAAAGAGGACAUUCAGGCAUCGACGAAGCGCAUAUCGAGUACAGAGGCUCCGUCCACCGAUAAACCCGCCUGUGGUAGCUGUUAUGGCGCGGGAAGAAAUGAAUCUCAAUGCUGCAAUACCUGCCAGGAGGUGAUCGAUGCAUACCGUGAACGAAAAUGGAAUCCCAAUGUGGAGGACUUCGAACAGUGCAAAAACAGCAACGACGGUAGCGUGGAAGGGCAGGCAUUCAACGAGGGAUGCCACAUUUACGGAACGCUGGAGGUGAACCGGGUUGAAGGUCGUUUCCACAUUGCGCCUGGCAAAAGUUUCUCCAUUAACCACAUUCACGUGCACGACGUUCAACCGUACUCGUCCAGUCGCUUCAACACCACGCACUUCAUCAACAGACUGUCGUUCGGUGAACAAUUUGGUUUCGGAACGACCCAGCCACUCGAUGGACUUUACGUGAUCGCGGCGGAAGGUGCAAUGAUGUUCCAGUAUUACAUCAAAAUCGUACCAACCAUGUUUGUCCCAUUGGAAGGACCCACUCUCUACACAAAUCAAUUUUCCGUCACUAAACACCAAAAGAGUGUAACGGCCAUGAGCGGGGAAACCGGGAUGCCCGGCAUUUUCGUCAAUUACGAGCUGUCGCCGUUGAUGGUGAAGUAUACAGAAAAACAAAAUUCCCUCGGUCACUUCGCGACAAACGUGUGUGCAAUAAUUGGAGGCAUUUUCACGGUAGCUGGCAUCGUCGAUUCCUUGCUGUUUACUUCGAUACACGUGAUAAAGCGCAAGAUUGAGCUUGGCAAGGCUAGCUAAUGCUCAUUAUGGAGCAGCACGCAGCACAGUGGGGACACUGAAUCUGUAUACUUUUUCUUUUAUUUUUUUCAAAUUGCUUCACCGCCUUUCAGGGCACUGUUUUUAUCGGACUAACCGCGGCACUGCUUGCCCGUUUACAGUGUUUUCAAGAAACGAUUGUAACAUUCCAUGUUAGAUUUGGCUAUUUCUGUCACAAACUCCUCGUCCGUCCCUGCGACCAGUGUUUUUAGCGGAAUAUAAAGCUCCUUUCUG